AUCCAGCAUUCAUCUCAGCUCUAAGAAGUAGAGAGCUAAUUACAGAAGUGCCAUUUCUCUAAACACAACCAAUUCUUAGUUUUUGAACGUACGUACGAGGAGAGAUAUAAAUAUCUGUAUUAACUACUGAUCAAAGGAGAUGACUGGGAACUUGGCUCACCUUACUCUUGCCUUUGGCCUUCUUGGUAAUGUUGUUUCAUUUAUGGUGUUUCUUGCACCAAUACCGACAUUCUACAAAGUCUACAAGAAGGGAUCGACCGAAGGGUUUCAGUCGGCACCUUAUGUGGUGGGCUUAUUCAGUGCCAUGCUUUGGAUAUACUAUGCGUUGCUCAAGAGCAAUGUCAUGCUUCUCAUCACCAUUAACUCUGUUGGUUGCAUCAUCGAAACCUUGUACAUUUGUUUCUUUCUCUUCUAUGCACCAAAGAAGGCUAGGAUGGAGAGUUUGAAGCUAAUUGUAUUGCUAAUAGUUGUGGGGUUCGGAUUGAUUGUUGUCCUCACUCAGUUCUUUGCACAUGGAGUUAACCGUGGGGUGAUAGUUGGAUGGAUUUGCCUUGUGUUUUCUUUAUGUGUUUUUGUGGCACCUUUGGGCGUUUUGCGACAGGUGAUCAAAACAAAAAGUGUGGAGUACAUGCCAAUUCUACUAUCGGUGGCACUCACCCUUAGUGCUGUUAUGUGGUUCUUUUAUGGUCUUCUCCUUGGUGACUUCAAUAUUGCGAUUCCAAAUGUGCUUGGAUUCACCUUCGGUAUUCUUCAAAUGAUACUGUACUUCGUGUACAAAAACAAGAAGCCGGUUACUGAUGAAAAGAUAUCCAAUUUUGAAGCUAAAAUCAGUGAAAUGGAGGAGCAAAAGUUACCAGAAUAUAAAAAUCAGAAAAUCACUGAUGUUGUGAAGCUGGAAACGUUAAUCCAUUCUGAUAUUCUUCCAGUGGCUGCAAAAUUAAACAAAAACGGAUGUGAUCAAGCUGGUCAUGUAGCUGUUGAACCCAAGGCUGCCUCAUAUGUGCCAAAUCACACCAUUGAAGUCGCUGCAUGAGAUCGAUAGCUUUUCAUUGUGACUCACAGAUAUACCAAAUGGGUCGACAUAUGGUUGAUCUUCCAUAUUUAGAUGCAUCUCCUUAUAAAUAUUUGUAGUUUUCAACUGGUUCCAGAUGGAGUUCUCAUAUAUUGCUUGAUGCAUAGUUUCUUUUCUUCUCUUAACUAACACAAUUUUAGUUCUACUUUCUUCCCUGAAAUGAUUAUCAAUGUAAACAUGUUUGAGGUU